AUGGAAUUCCUCACUUCCCUUUUGUUCCUUUUAAUGGCUCUGCAAUGUGCGCUGUCAUUCGAAGACAGAGACAUACUCUCACACGUGAAUAAGUUUUCCGUGAAUGAGUAUAUUCCAAAGGAUGGCAAGGCGGACCAUGGGAAGCUCCAGGCCACAGAAUACUUUGAAAAAGUCGCUGCAGACUUCAGUGAUGACAUAAAUGCAGCCAAGGAAGCUUUACAAAAUAUGUUCCUUGAUGUGGAGGCUUCCUCUGAGGAGUCGUCCGACGACGUGGCGCAAAUUGUGUCAAAAUACAGCUACGAUACGGAAGAAAAGCUGAACAUUCUGGAGGGACUUUUAAAUGAAUUUGUCGAAAACAGUAAAGGCGUCAUAUUCAACUCCCCCGAAGAAAAAAAAAAAGUGGAAAAACACAAGUUUAAAAAAAUGUGUGAUUUAAUAUUAGAGAAGGUAAAAAGAGUAGUGGAACUCAGCGCUAUUAACAAUUAUCGCAUAAUUUUAAAAUUUGGUAAAGGCGACAGAAAAAGUGUAGUGCUGGACAAGGUAAGAAAUGAUGAUAGCAUAUCGGAUGAGCUAAAAAGGGAGCUGUUAAAAUAUGAAGACGUGGAAAGUAAAGAUGAAAAUGUUUCCAGCCUGGUCAAUUUUAUAUCCCCCAUUUAUGACAGAUUUAUACAAAAGCUAAAUGCAUUAAUAAGAGAAGUUUCUACCGAUUUGGGAAAAAUAAUAUAG